CUGGAGCCUCGGCGCCGGCGGUCUGAGCUAGGCGAUCCCCGCCCGGACGCAGCGGGCGGGGUGGUGUGCGCGCCGCGGGAGCGUGCCUGGCCGCCCGGCGGGCCACGGAGACUGUCACACAGCGAAGAGGCUGCCAGGCGUCCAGCGUUCUGCCUGUGUUGUCUGUCUGUUCUGACUUCAGAGUCAGAUUCUGCCGUUUCUCUGUGAGGUCAGCAAGGUUCCCAGUAAGGCUGCACAGAGGAACCGCCUUGACCAUGGCAAUGGAGGGGGGCCCAGCGGUCUGCUGCCAGGACCCUCGGGCAGAGCUGGUGGAGCGAGUUGCAGCCAUCAAUGUGGCCCACUUGGAGGAGGCAGAUGGCAGCCCAGGGCCUGCCAGGAACGGUGUGGAACCCCCGCCACGGGCCAGAGCUGCCUCUAUGAUCCCUGGCAGUGCUUCAAGACUCCCCGUAGCCCGGCCCGGCCUCUCAACGAGGAAGUUCUCCCUGCAGGAGCGGCCAGCAGGAAGCUGCCUGGAGGCCCGGGCUGGGCCUUACACCACAGGGCCUUCCAGCCAAAUCUCCCCACGGGCCUGGCGGAGGCCCACCAUUGAGUCCCACCACGUGGCCAUCUCAGACGCAGAGGACUGUGUGCAACUGAACCAGUACAAGCUGCAGAGCGAGAUUGGCAAGGGUGCCUACGGAGUGGUGAGGCUGGCCUAUAACGAAAGUGAAGACAGGCACUAUGCAAUGAAAGUUCUUUCCAAAAAGAAGUUACUGAAGCAGUAUGGCUUUCCACGUCGCCCUCCCCCAAGAGGGUCCCAGGCUGCCCCUGGAGGACCAGGCAAGCAGCUGCUGCCUCUGGAACGGGUGUACCAGGAGAUCGCCAUCCUGAAGAAGCUGGACCAUGUGAAUGUGGUCAAGCUGAUCGAGGUCCUGGAUGACCCAGCUGAGGACAAUCUCUACUUGGUGUUUGACCUCCUGAGAAAGGGGCCGGUCAUGGAGGUGCCCUGUGACGAGCCCUUCCCAGAAGAACAAGCUCGCCUCUACCUGAGGGACAUCAUCCUGGGCCUUGAGUACCUGCACUAUCAGAAGAUCAUCCACAGGGACAUCAAGCCAUCCAACCUGCUCCUGGGGGACGAUGGCCACGUGAAGAUUGCCGACUUCGGCGUCAGCAACCAGUUUGAGGGGAACGACGCCAGGCUGUCCAGCACAGCCGGGACCCCGGCGUUCAUGGCCCCUGAGGCCAUUUCUGAUUCCGGCCAGAGCUUCAGUGGAAAGGCCUUGGACGUGUGGGCCACUGGGGUCACGCUGUACUGCUUUGUCUAUGGGAAGUGCCCAUUUAUCGACGAUUACAUCCUGGCGCUGCACAGGAAGAUCAAGAACGAGGACGUGGUGUUUCCCGAGGAGCCAGAGGUCAGCGAGGAGCUCAAGGACCUAAUCCUGAAGAUGCUAGACAAGAAUCCAGAAACGAGAAUCGGGGUGCCAGACAUUAAGUUGCACCCCUGGGUGACCAAGAAUGGGGAAGAGCCCCUUCCCUCAGAGGAGGAGCACUGUAGCAUGGUGGAGGUGACCGAGGAGGAGGUGAAGAACUCGGUCAAGCUCAUCCCCAGCUGGACCACGGUGAUCCUGGUUAAGUCUAUGCUGAGAAAGCGUUCUUUUGGGAACCCCUUUGAGCCCCAAGCACGGAAGGAAGAGCGAUCCAUGUCUGCUCCAGGAAAUUUACUGUUGGAAGACAGCUGUGGUGAAGGGGUCAAGAGCCCAGAGCUCCCCGGUGUCCAAGAAGAUGAGGCUGCAUCCUGAGCCCCUGCAUGCAUCCCGGGCCACCCAGCAGCACGCUCAUCCUGCGCCUCCAAAGGCCCACUGCACUCAUGCCAACAGUCGCCCCUGCAGGUGGGGGCUGGGGAAUGUGGACCCCUCCUGGCUCCCCUUCCCCUGUUGUGCUGCAUGACCUCUGCGCGUGUCCAGCGACAGGAUUAGAAUGUGUGCCUCUGGGGUUUGGCGGGCAGGGCUCCCUCGAGGUCUUUCUCCUCAUCUUGGCUCUCCCUGGCGGGACCCAUGCUAUGGGGAAGGUAGGCAUGCGUGGUGCCUUAGAAACCCCACUUGGCUUGUUGGCAAGGCCCAGAGGCAGGAGGCAAGAAACCAAGAUGGGAGGGGAGGCCUGGCUUACCACCACAACGGACCCCCCUGCAGGGGCUGGGCAGGCCUGGCUCACCUGCCACAUGCACAUGGAGGGGGCACCCUGCCCACCUCAGGGUCGGAGCUGCCAGAGCUCAUGUCUGCUGAGGACACUGGUGUGGAGUCUCUGAGUCCCUGGUGGGUGUUCUGGGCCUUACCAGGGCGGGGGCCAGUACUGGAGAAUUCAGAUUCAUCUUUCGUUGUCUUUUAUUUUUGUUUCUAACAUGGGGGGAGGGGUACAAAGACCUGCUUGGGAGCAUCAGAUGACCUCUCCAAGGCUUUGGGUGGUUCCUAGAGCCCCCCCACCAUGACUUGCAGCCGUGUGAGCUGGAUUGACCUUCCUGGGUUGUGUUUCACACUCAGCAUUAUCCAAAGAAUGGGCUGAAUUAAAGCUCUGAGCAGAGACCUGAACGAGGAACACCCCAUCUUCCCUGCCUGUAUCCCUCCCUCCCUUUGUGGCUCCUCAGAGCCAUGCUGCAGGAGAGACACCAGGGGCUGACUCCCUGGACUCACAGGGCUGUGGCCUUGCAGGGCUGAAGUAAUUGGAAUCCAAUCUCCGAUCCCACACUGGCCUCACCAUCUGGCCCCAGAAGCUGCCCUCACAUUCCUACGAUGAAGGACAAGCUUCCCCAGCUGGAGGCCACGCUGGAAGUGGGGCCUUGGUGGGGCGUGCAUGCUGGCCGGCGGCCAUGGAGAGGGGGGCCUUCCACCACCACCUCUCCCCCAGGACAGCCACCAUUCUGCCAGCCCAGAGCUGGAGCGCCGCAGUGUGUGUGUGGAGUUGGCCGGGCUGGAGCAGAUGUCAUCUCCUCUCUGGGACCCCCCGAUGGCUUGGUGUCCAUUGGCCAAAUGCUCAAGAAAUUGACCCUCAAAGGAGACUAAAGCAGGCCUCAGAUACCUCCCCUGGAAACGUGGGCCGAACGAGGGAUCAGGGUCGCCGGUGUGGGUUUCCUAUCACAGGAGGACUUGUGUAGAGAGGGAGCGGGAGGCUGGGCCGGAGGAGUGCCCGUGUCCUGCGCAUCUCUGUGCCUGUGGGUGUACAUCGCGCCUCCGCGCUCAUACGCAUGUGCGUGCCCAUCUGCUGCACACAGCACACUCGCAUGUCUUGCGCUGGCACAUGCAUCUGUAACAUAGUUUCUAUGUCUAUUUAAGCUACGAGCUGGAUGUGGCCCGUUGUCAAUGGGUCCACAUUUUUCCCUGGCUCAUCUCCACUAAGGCAUUAUAACCCAGGGCUUAGAAACGUAAUUUGGUACUGUUUUAAGAACACUUUUAUAGAGUUCAUGGGAGGCCAGUCACGGAUCCACAGGUUUUCCUUUUGAGCAUCUCUGUGCUGGGGCGUGGCGGUGGGGUUUCCAGCGGACGACAUCCAUUGGACUUGCCGUUGCAGAGCUCGAAGGCGGGCCUGGCUCCACUGCCCAGCUCACAGCCCUGAUGGGGGGCUUACCCCAUCACUGAGGGUUUGGUUGGCAUCCUUGUUUUGAAUGUAGCACAAGUGAUGAACAAACUCCAUAAGAGUGUUUUAAAAAUUAACUUCUCAGGAAGUGAGUUAAAAACAAUAAAAGCCCUUUCUUGAAUUAAA